AUGAAACUGCGACAAUUCUUCUUAUUUGCUUUCACCUUUUGUGUUUUGGUCAUUGCAAUUUCUGCUACCAAUCGUGACUUUGACGAUGAUGAUGAUGAUGAUGAUAAUGAUGAUAAUGAAUAUCGUCAGCUUAGGGGAUUUCUAUGGCCUAAGAAAAGUACAACAAAUCAUGCAACGAUAAUCUGGACUCCAGAAACUACACAGUCACCUUGGAAUCCAUCAUCAGAAGCAUGUUCAUCUAAUCCUUGUGAACAUGGUGGUAUUUGUACUCCAAGAGGACAAAGGGGAUUUGAUUGUAGAUGUGUUGGUCCAUGGCGAGGUGUCUAUUGUGGCAUUGCUGAUGCAUGUUAUCGUUCGUCGUGUCAAAAUGGAGGUACAUGUAUGAAUGUAAUUGAUGAUUAUUGGUGUAAAUGUCCAACUGAUUAUUACGGAAAAAAUUGUGAAUCAAGAUUUUCUAAUCCUGGUGAUUCGGGGAAUAACUGUCGACCAAAUAUUUGUAAUACUGGUCGAUGUGUUUCUCUCAAAACAACUUACUAUUGUCAAUGUCCAGAUGAUCGUUAUGGUGAACAUUGUGAAAAACGUUUCAGUCAAUAUAAGCGUGGUUCUUCUGGUCAAAAAUCGCUUUACGAAUUAUUAAAUCAAGUUAAACGAGAUAUGCGUGAUCAAAUGCUUAUUGAUGAUAAUGAUAAUGAUGAAACAACUUUUGAUGACGAUGAAAAAUAA